CACGAGCAGCGAGUAUUGUGAUGGGUGCAGUUCGGAGAAGACUCGAUAUGCUUCAGCCACACACCAGGGGGUUAACUUGCGAAAUAUAUAAAAAUGUUUUCUAACGCUAGCAAAUCAGUAACAGAAUUACUUCCGUCCAUAGAGGCAGCAAUUGGGAGAAGAGUUCAAAUUCGACAACGGGAAACAGUACAAAUCAUAAGAAAAAAAUAACAAAAUGUUUAAAGUACUUCUAGCCGCCACCACAUUAAUCGCUUACACUUACGCUGCUGGCGAUCCUGCCGAUGCACAUGCGUCCAUAGUGAGAUAUCAGAAUGACGUGAAUCCUGAUGGCAGCUACAAUUAUGCUUAUGAAACCUCCAAUAAAAUACGAGCUGAAGAGGCAGGCGUUGGCGGCACUUAUGCUGCGGGUUCUUAUUCGUACACUUCACCCGAAGGGCAGCCCAUACAAUUAACUUACAUAGCCGAUGAAAACGGUUAUCAACCGAAAGGAGACCACCUACCAACACCUCCACCAAUACCAGACUACAUACUCAAAGCUUUGGCAUACAUUGAAGCUCAUCCAUUUCAGAAAAUUCAGUUGAAAAAGUAAGCGUGGCAACUGGAUCUGCCUCAAUCAGAAAGCACGCGCACAUGCAGUGUUUUCAAUUAGCAAAUUUUCAUUAUUUAGACGAAUUCCGCUCGCUGCAUCAUAGACACUUUACCCAUUUUAGUCACUAAAACUUCUCACUUCCAUGCGUGUGCAUAUGUAUGUAUAUUUUCUAAACUAAU